CAAGAGAAGGCAAGUGGAUUCGUUGGGGCGAAGGCUUACGUGUGAUUGAGAUUACUGCUACCAUAUUAACCAACCGAUGUCAGCUUUGAGUACCACAAGGCUGAGCAUACUUGUACAAUAGCUCACUGCCCAAGCUUUGUUGCUAGUGGAAUGUACUGCGCUGGUCGCCUUUGCGAUCAAUGAAUGUUGGCCCCAAGCGCCCAGUGAGCGGUGGUCAGCCGAGUCGUUGAAAGGGGCCUGUUGUUGGAUACUAAAACCAGCCCGAGCCGCGUCUCCUGAACUCGCCAUCUCUUCCAAUAAUCCAUCAUCUCGUGAUGUUGCGCAGGAUGUUCUCGUUCAUUUUCGUACUGCAACUCGCGUCGUUGCAGCCUGCAAUGGCAGCCUGCUACUGGCGCAACGGCACACAAAACACAAACAGUGUGUACUCGCCCCAAAUCAACGAUACCUCGGAUCCCUUAAGCAAUAUUUGCUGUGCCGGUUGGGACAACCUACUACCAAACGGACUGUGUCAAAAUAAGGCUGAAUCGGUCAUCUGGCGAGAGUCGUGCACGCUAAGUAAUUGGGAGGAUGGAGGAUGCCAGGAUCUCUGCUCGGACGAGGAUGCUUUACAAAGAAGCAAAGACGUCAAGGUGACGCCGUGCACCGGUGCAGUCGAUUCGUUGACCUGGUGUUGCGGGGAUACGAAUCGAUGCUGCACUGACGGGAGCACAAUUCCGCGAUACACUAUAGCAGCGCGAUUUGGCGACCCUAUACCUUCUGCGACGUCCUCAUCGGUCUCUUCUUCGACUGCAUCUUCAAUAGCGUCCUCCAUGCUAUCGUCUUCUCCGACUAGUACGCCAGCAGCCACUGGUGACAGUGAGCUCUCUACAGGUGCGAAAGCUGGUAUCGGUGUUGGGGCUUCACUCGGAGCCCUCGCCUUGAUCGGGCUGGGUAUCUUUAUCGCUAAGGCGCUGCGCUGGCGCAAAAAGGCGAGGGAUGCCUCUACGCCCUAUGUCGCACCCGAAGAGGAGCCAUCGAAAGAUAUUUAUCGAUAUGAGAAGGGUGGCAGCGAGACUGCACAAUUGGCCAGUGCGGAGAGUCAAUUGCACGAGAUGCCCGGAUCUGGAGGGGUUUCCGAGCUCGAUCAGAUUCGAGACAGUAGGGUAGUCAGCCUUAAUGCCUCGGCAGUUUGAUACAUGGCGGAUGCGCGUCGUUCGACGAGAUCAUGGAUGGCGGAGAGUGUAGGCUGAGACUGUGAAGGCUGGAGGGCGUCGGGGAGCUUGAGGACUGGUCACGCUAAAACGCUAGCUUGGACGCUCAAAGAAGCGGCGGCUCAAUCACAUUGUAACUUCUGCACCACAUUCGUCCUCUGUCUUUCUGGUACUGGCGAUAAUCUUUCUCGCAGUAAACGGCGUACCUUAUGCCUCUUGUGCAACUCAAUUCUCCAUCGUCCAUUAUUGAGCCAUCCGAGCCCAGCCACUACGUCAUUGAAUGCCGCUAUUGGGUUUCCACCACAGCCGCCAUCAUGCAAG